AUGUCAUUUGCAAUCUUUUUUUUAUCUUUGAUUGGUAACUUAAGCGGUCUGCAAAUAAGUCUAAUGGAUUCUUUGUAUUAAUAUAGUCAAGAGUCAAUAGUGAUAUCUGAAAAAACACUAUCAAAUUUCAAUGCUUUUAGAUAUGGAUUAUGGUCAAAAUAUAAUCCUCUAACAAACAUUUAGUAGGUAGGAAAUGUGGGAUUGUUUGAUAGCAAUUGCUUUCUGUUACAUAGUGCAGUAGAGGAGCUUUCAUAGGCUCUUAAUCUAAUGUAUUAUGAUUGUGUAGACUAUUCUUCAAAGAAGGUCCAGAAAAAAAUUGUAUUUAUAGACAAUGAUGAAGUUGAACAUUCAUUUUCAAUCGACAUAAAUCCCCUAGAGUAUGAGAAUGUUUGGUAUUUAUUUGAAAUAAUACAAUGGCCAUAAUUAGAAAGAUUUGAGUUAAGGAUUAUUUAUAAAUAGGAAACUUUCAAUGAGUUUUUGAAUAUUAAAAAACCUUUUAAAGAUGAAAAUUUAAAGCUUAUCUUUGGUGGGGGAAUGAUUGUAACUAAUUCUAAGAUUGGAACAAUCACACCAGGUACAAAAUUUUCGUAUUUUCCCGGUAAAUUGAUUAAAGUUCAAUUUUAAUUUGAAGUCAUCUCUGUGGAUGAAGAUUAAGAACUAUUGGCAAGAUCAUCAUUUAUUCCAUACGAAUAAUGUGUUUGUUAAAUUAAUGAUAUUUUGGUACAAGAUGAUUUUUCUAUUAAUGGACUGGAAAAUUAAAUUUUUACUUCUUAGAAUAUAAACUGUAACUCUUUCUAAUUAUCUGGAUGGUUAAAAAUUACUGAUAUAAUUUAGAAUUCAGAUGCAUUUACUUAUUAGUUCAUCACUCUCUCUUCUAAUUUUUAAAACUAAUUAGGCGAUAAAAAUUUAUCACCUUUUACUUUGUCGUAUAAGAUUUCUCAAAUAAAGAAUUAAAUCAUUGUAACAACUUAUAGCUACACAUUUCCAUCAGUAACAAUAAGUUUUUCUGACGAUCCAUUUCUAAUAACAAAAGAACUCGAUCUCAUAAAUACCUUAAUUCUUUGGUAAUAAAUAAAUAUCCAACUCCUUAACGAUUAAUUAAUAGUCAACAUUAAAUUUUAUGAAGGACAUGAUAUUUAUGAAUAUAACAUCUAAUAAUAAGUAAAUUAGUUUAAAUGUACUCGAUAUAAAAUUUAGUAUGGUAACAUUUUAUAAUCAGCUACAAAUUAUUUAAAAAUUGUAGCUAAAUCAAUAGGGUUUAAUAAUUGUAAUACAAUUGAUACAUUGUAAACUUGUCAUUACAGUUGCUAAGAAUGUGAUGGCCCAACUUAAUACAACUGUUUAUCUUGUUCUAUUGAGUCUUAAAGAAUAUAUCUGCCUGAUUUCAAAGCAUGUAUAUGUCCCUUUGAUACAAUCGAUGAAACGACUUGUAAAUCUUAUAUAGACUCAAAUUUACAUGUAUCAAAUGAAAGAAAAGUAAUGCCUAAAUGCAAAUAUGGGUAUUUUGAAUAUGAAGAUAGUUGUUUUCGUUGGUAUUUCUUUUUAAUAUGCAAGCCCUACCAUAAUUAAUGAUUAAUUGGUUACAUGCUUAGAGUGCUUAUAAAAUCCUUAAGAAUGGAGCAAGGAUUCUUAUUGCGAAUACGACUUAUUCAUAAGCAAAAGUGGUGAAGUGGCAAAUUAUGUAUGGAGGGGUUUUAGUUAUUAUUAUAUUUUUGACGGAAAUGAGUUGAUAAUUUGCAAGAAAUGUGUCACAACUCCUUCUUUUUUGGCUGAAGAUUUACAAAUAGAAGAAGUCUUAGGUCCAAAAAAUCUAGGUAUCAUUUGCUAAAUUAUGGUUGAUAAUUGCGCUGAUUGUUGGAUAUCUAUUGAUGGAUUUCAAUGCUAUAAUUGUUUCUUUGGAUAUAAUUUGAUAAAUGGUGUUUGCGUAAGUGAAGUCGAUUACACUGUUAAUGUCAAAAACUGUCCUCCAUCAUAUUACAUUACUUCUCAAAGAAGAUGCAAGUUAUGUCCCAUUCUUAAUUGUAAAUACUGCUUUGAAUAUCAAGUCGACGAUUUAUCUAAAUGCACUCUAUACAAUAGAUUUGUAGAUUUCGAUUUGGAGACCGAAAUCAAAAUUGGAUGUGCAUUAUGUGAGGAUACCUAUAUUUUUGAUUUUGAUAUUGGAAUCUGUACAUUAGAUAAUCCAAAAAUGGAAAAUUGUUUGAGAUCAUAUAGAUAUGAUGGCUAAGAGAUCUGCACUUUAUCAUAAAUUGAUGACUUUAGUGUGGCUCUUGAGAUAAUUAAUUGCUAAAAACAUUUAUCUCAUUGUGAACAAUGUGUGUUAUCACCUGAAUUUACAAUCAAAUGCAUUGUCUGUCAGGUUGGAUAUAUUGCUUCAACUUCGAAUGGAGGGUGUUAUAUGGCUGAAUAGUAUGGGUUCGACGGAGCUAAAAUUAUAAUUGAUGCUGUCUAUGAAUUUAAAGAUGGAUGGGUUCAAAGAAUUUAGAGUUUUAUGAUGAACUUUUUACCAAAUAAAUAGUUCUAUUUUCAAUCUAGACUCAACUAAUGGCUUUUAUAAAUGAUAGUCGAAUGUUAAGAGAAUUAUUACAUUGACUCUAAUUUCAUUUGCCAUAAAAAAUGCGAUUCCUCAUGUUUAGCUUGUACAUUUGAUAAAAACGGUACUUAAGUUUGCAGCAAAUGCCCUUUAAAUUAUUAUUAACAACCAAUUAGAGAUUAAAUAAAUGGAACUUGUUCUUUAUGUAGUUAGUUAUGUGAUGCCUGUACAUCUAGAACAGAUGCUGAGAUAAAAGUAUUUAUUUAUUUCAGUUUAGACUAAUCAACCGAAUUUUAUUCUUAAAGAUACCAAUUUUAUCCAUACAAAGAAGUGUCUAAAGCAAAUUUAACUUCCUAACAUCUAUUUGGAUCCAUAUGAUUUAACUGCUAAGUAUUGUUUUGAUGAAACAUGCUCAAAAAUGCUCAAAUAUAUUUAUUAGGUAGAUUAUUGUGAAUGGUUUAAUUUGUUUUGGGAAGACUAAAUAGAUUUUAAUUAUCUUAAUUCAUAAGGGAUAGAUAGCUUGGUUUUAGGUUUUAAUUUUACAAACUCGGUUGUCGGUUUUAAUACUUUUUACCCUACUUGCCCAUUUUACAACAUUGAAAUGAAUAUUUAAUCAAAAAGGCUAGUAUAUUCUCUCAAAUAUGUGCAUUUCAUUUAUACCUCUAUAAAAGGAUUGAUAAUAUCAUCUAAUAGGGGUUUGUAUUUCAGUAAUUGCGACAAAAUAGAAUUUAACUAAAUUAUUCUUUACACUUUUCAUAAAUUUAAGAUUGUAAUGGAAAACAAUCAUUAAUAAAUCUAAUUAUCUUUGUUCAAUUUUACAAUUUUAGGUAGCAUAAUUUAGGACACAUUUUCAGUAUUUCAAAAUGAAAAAUUUGGUGAUAUAAUUAUGAAUGAUGUGUAUCUCUUAAAUUCAAGCUUUUUAAACUCUUCAUUUUUGAAUUUAACAGAUUAAUUAUUUUAGGGGACAAUUUAGAUAGAAACCCUUGUUAUUCGAAAUUGCACUUUCGUAAACUCAAAUUUAUUUCAAAUUACUAAUAAUCAACUUAUAUUGUCUUUUAAAAAUGUUCUCAUUGAGGAUUCUGAAUUUACAAAUGUAUCUAUAUAUUUUUUUGAUUUCGCUGUUUUGCAAUCAAGUUUAGUAGAUGCUUAUGAUAUUACAGUGAAGAAUAGCAAAUUUGUAAACUCAAGUCUUUUUAAUUUUUAGACUGAUGUUAUUCUACAUCUAACGUACCUAUAAUUGGAAUCAAAUACUUUUAUAUCAACAAAUUUUAUUAUUUCAAAUCAUAAUACCUCAUUAUCAUACAUCAAAAUGCAAAAUAAUUAAUUUGAACAAUCACAACUAAUUACCAUGCUUGAGAGAACAGAAAAUUAAACAAUGGUUGUCCUCCUAAAUUAAUUGGAGGCUUCAAGCAAUCAAUUUGAGAACUCUUAAUGUUUUAAAUUAUUUUCUUCUAAAGAGUUUAGCCAAGUCGAUUUAACAAUAUCGAAUCUAAUAUUUAAUGAAAUAUUAAGUAUAGAUAGUUCAGAUUCAAGAUCCUAUUUAUUUCAAAUUAGGGCCCUUAAAAUAAAAAUAUAGAAUGUGGUUUUUAGAAAUUUAAAAAAUAUCUUUCUAUUUUCUAUUUUUGAUGCAAAUGAGAUCCUUGUACAAAAUAUAAUUUAUGAAAAUUCAGCUUAAAAUUAUUAAGUGCCAUUUUCAUAAUAAUGUUAAGUUGAGAUUAAAGAGAAAAACUAAAUGCUGAAGAUAGAGAAUUUCUUUACUCUAAAAAUUCUCUCCGUCUAAAUUCACAACUAAUUUGCGAUUGAUGAAUCUUUUUUAGAUUUAUCGUAGAAAAAAUAGUUUACGAAUUCUGCUAAUUUAGAUAUUGCAAAUCUUACUUUUAUAGGAAAUGUGUAAAUAUAUAAAAAAUCAUAACGUUUGCUUUCCCUUUUAGCUCUAUAUUCCGAAUGGAGUCUUAAUGUACACAUUCAGAGAAUUAAAUUUUUGGAAAAUUGCUUACACUCAAUAUCUGAGAUUUAUUUUUUAUCAUAUGCAUCCUUGGUUUUCUUUAAUGUCAAAUCAAGUAACAUUGAAAUCUUUGAUUUUUCUUCUCAAAGCAAUGCAUUUACAAAUUCAUCCAAUUCAUUCAUUUUCAUUGAAGCUAAUACAAUUAAAAUUUAAAAUUUAUAAGUUUCUAACCAUAAUAUUCUAACUUCUGAAUUAUGGGAAAGGUUUUAUGGUAUACAAUUAGAUGCAUUUCUUAAUUAAUACUAAAUAAAUCAGGUUGCCUUUUAGGUCCUAAAUAUUUCAAAUAUAGGAGGUGUAGGAUAAUUAAAAGCAUCAGUUUUUACUUGUUUUAAUUGUAACUUCUCAAAUGUUCUUGCUUUACAGAAUUUCCUUUUUGACAUUACCACUUUAGAUUAAGGAAUAAUAAAACUCAUUAAUCUGAUUGCAAGUAAUUUAAUAGGUGAUUCGAAAUAAGAGACUAAUAGUUAAGGCUGUAUCAGCAUUUCCUCUUAAGACAGUCCACUCGAAAUUGAAUUUUCAAAGGCUUAGUUUAUGAAUAUCUUUAAUAGAAUGUCUCCAUCUGUGCUAUCUAUUUAGCCAUCAAAAAUUAGAAAUUAGAUUAAAUUAAUUGAUACUUCGUUUGAAAAUUGUCUAUCCCUAAUGAAUUCAAUACUUUUGAUACAAUUCUCCAAUAGGAUAUCUAAUAAAAAUAGUUUAGAAUUGCAAAAUAUUAUGAUAGUAUAGCAGUUGAAUUCAUGGCUGCAACAUUUUUAAUAAAUGGGAAUUCUAAGUCUUUCAGAACUAUUAAUUAUUUCAAGUAGUCAAAAUUCAUUGUUUAAUAUUGAAAGUUCUUCAAUAGUCAUCUAAAAUGUUAUUAUUGAAGGUGUGUAUCUAGCACCAAUAUUUAAAAUUAUAAAUGCGCCAAAAUUUAUAAUUAGUUAAGUUUAGAUCAGAGAAAUUACAGUAUUUUAUUCAUUUACUUUGAUAAUUAUACAAUAAACACUGGAUAUUCAAACAAUAAAUUUGUGUGAGGAUGUAAAUAUCUUCAGCACUUCAAUUUAUGAAGCAGGACUUUAAAGAGUUGAUUUAUCAGAUUUUGAUUUUGCUCUUAAUGAAUGUGUUGUGGUAACCACUCUAUAGAAAAAGUUUGAAGAGAAUUAAUUGUUUUACUACUUAAAUGAUAUUCUUACUAUAAUGGAAGAACAUAAUGAAGAUUAACUUUCAUUAAUUUACAUUCAUACUUUAUCAAACAAACAUACCUUCUAUUUCAAGAAAUUAGAACUUGCUAAUAAUAAUUGUUCAUACUGCACAUCUGGAUUGUUUAAAUUUGAUUUAGCCUCUUUUAAAUCCAUUAAAAUACAAGAUCUGAUCUGUAUCAAUAACAUAAUUAAAUACUAUGGAUGUAUAAACUUCUUAAGUGAAAUAUAAGAUUCUCCAACACUUUAAAUAUUCGGCUCCACUUUUCUAUUUAAUAGAGGAAGUUAAGGAGUUGCUAUUUCAUCAAACAAGCCUAUAAUCAUCAACUAGUGCAAAACCAUCUAAAAUAUUGCAACCAAUCAAGGAGGAGGGAUAUAUUUAGAACUGAAUAGUAAUCAAUUUAGUAUUGAAAAUUCUGUGAUUAUUCAAAAUCAAGCAGAAGAAGGAGGAGGACUACACAUUACUGGAAACGGCGUUUUGAAUUAGCAGAACUUGAAUAACACUUAUUUGCAUUUUAAUAAUGCAUCUGUUUAUGCCAAUAAUUUGGUUGUGAAUCCAACACAUUUGGCAUUGAGUAUUAAUUCCUAAGAAAUGAAAACGUUCAAGGCAGAUUCAGGAUAAAUUUAAGCAGAUGUUCUUAGAAUUACACCUUAUACUACUAUAUAAUAAGAAAAUUUAAUUGAAACUUCCUAUUUAAUGAUUUCCAGCGGUUAACCUUUUUAAGAAUUUUCUCUUUCUAUGCCCAAAUUAUAAUAAACAUAUAAAUAGAUUUAGACAAUAGAAAUAAUGUUAAAAAAUUCGUUAAAUGAAAUACAAAAAAACAUUGUUAACUCAACUUGCUUAAUAACAGAUAAGAUCGUUUUAAUAAAUGGAGAAACAAUAAAUGGAAAUCUUCAAAAUGUCUCAUUGCUCUACUAAACCGAUAAAAGUACUUUUGAUUUAAGUUCAAUUACUUUUUAUUUUGAUCCAUAUGAAAACGAUUACAGAUAUUUGGAAAUAUCAAUUAUAUGUUCAAAAGAAGGAUAAAUUAAUCCAUUAAAAUACAUGAUCUAAGCCUAGAGUUAUAAAUGCUAGCUUGGAGAAUUCCAUAUUGAAAAAGGUUGUUAAAUUUGCUAAUCCAAUCAAGGCUUUUACUCUGUAACAUACGAUGUUAUUAAAUGCUCUAUAUUUGAUAAGGAGAAAUUUUAGGAGAUAACAUCAAAUGCAAUAAAGUUACAGGAAGGUUAUUGGAGACCAAAUUAUUUAUCAGACUAUUCUACGUUAUGUUUUAAAAAACCAAGUUUUUGUGUGGGAGGUUGGAAAGUCGGAGAUGACCUUUGUAGCAAAGGACAUGUAGGAGCUCUGUGUGAAGAGUGUGAUAUUUAUAAUAUAAGGGGAGAGGGAUAAUACUUAAAAAAUUAAUAAAACUCUGAAUGUAUAUCGUGUUUUGGGAUAUCAGAUAGCAUACUCCCAUUUAUCUUAAAUUCAAUUUGGUAAAUUUAUUAAUAUAAUUUUAGGGCCAUUUUAUCCAUCAUCCUUACAGUUAAAAGCAUUGUAAAAUCUAAUGAUUUAUUCCUAUUUCUCAAAGUUAAAGAAAGAUUUAGUUAAAUACUCUUUAAAUUAAACUAAGGUAUAAUAAUUAUGUAUUGUAGAUCGUGAAAGCAUUUUAAUAAAAAUGUUCUUAAACUAUUUAUGGACGUUUUCCCUUAUAUUUACAUUCAAUAUAAGCUUUUCUUUUUAAUUUAAUUUUGUUGACUCAGCUAGUAAUACAUCCUUAUCAAUGGCUAAUAAUUUAGAUUGUUAUUUAUCACAAAUAGUUGGAUUUUAGUUAAUCUAUUCCAAAAUCAUUUUAAUAUUAUUAUUGAUAUUAUGGCAAUUCAUAAUCAUCAUGAUAGGAUUAUUGGUGAUUCCAGACAUAUUAAACUCAAAAUUUAAAUUAAGUGUUAUAUCUAAUAUUUUACUAUGUUUGUACAUUUUCAAUUAUGCUGGAUUUAUCAAAAUGUAUUUAAUUUAUUAUAAAACUUAGGCUAUGUUCUGCAGUAUCAUACAGAGAAAUAUCCAAUAUUUAAUACAUCUAGGGUGAUUUAACAUUAAGAUUCAAUACAGAAACUCAUUAUUAAUGGGUGUAUUUUUUAGUUCUCCCUGGGUUGAUAAUCUUCGGAUGCUUAAUCCCUUUGUUAUUGUUUUUGCUAAUGUAUUUUAAAAGAAAUGGAUUAGACUUUUAUAUGCUAAGACCUCAUAUUUGUUAUCUUUUUAACGAAUAUGUAACUAAAAGGUAUUACUGGGAAUAAAUUAAAUUGAGUAACAAAGCUUUAAUAAUCCUCUUUUUAACAUAUUUUGAGACCAAUAUACAUUUAAAAGCUUCCUUAAUUGGUUUGAGUUUGAUUUUUUAUUAGCAAUUUGCAGCAAAGAAAAAGCCUUACAUUAUUUAAAAAUUCAAUAUUCUAGAUUUGGAAAUGAGUUAAAAAUGUUCAGUCUCUAUAUUUUUAGCAGCCAUAAAGUAUGAAAGUGAAAUAUAAAAUAAUAAGGUAAUUUCACUUGCUCUGUAACUCUGCCUGAUACUACUAUUUUUUUUAAUAACUUUUCCUUUUAUUUAUCAAAUUGGAAUAACUAAUUAUAAGAAAUAUAAAUUACUUGUGUUUUCAUCAUUCCAUUUGGUUUUUAAGUACUUUAAGAUCACUAAAGCAUCAAAAGUAUUUGAGUAGUUUUUGGAUGAAUAAAGUAAAAAAGAUUAAAGACUGAAAGAAAAUUUCGCCAAAUUACGAAAAUUCCUUAUCCAAUUUUCAAAAGCCUAGAUAAAAAACAGACCGUAAGUUAUGAAAUUAAAUUUAGUGCUAUUCUAUCUAGAUUCAGUUCCGGUAAAAAUUACUAAUAAACUUUAUUAACUACAGAAAUACAGGCUUAAUCUGUCAUGUUAACAGCAAAUAGAUUGGAUUGA